AGAAGAGUCUCUACAGAAAUGUGAUGCAGGAAAUCUUUAGAAACCUAGACACUAUAGAAAUCUUAUGGGAAAGACACUCUUUGAAAGUAAAGAAAGUAGUCAGUUUGGAAGAACCUUUGGUCAAAUUCCAGAUCACAUGGUGAGCAAGAAAACUUCUCCUCGAGUAAACCCAUGUGAAAGCAGUGUGUGUAGAAAAGUCUCCAUUGAUCGUUCAUCAUUUAUUAUACCCAUUAAAGCUGGCACUGGACAGAAAGCACCUGAGUAUAAGGAAUGUAGACAAAAGCCAUAUACACAUAAGAAAUGUGAGAAAACUUUCAGUUACCCCCACUCCUUUGGAACACAUGAAAGGUCUUCCACUGGAGAGAAACUCUUUAAUUGUAAGGAAUGUGGAAAACCUUUCAUUUCUCUCACUGGCUUUCGAAAUCAUAUGGUAAUACACAGUGGAGAUGGACCUCAUAAAUGUAUGUUUUGUGACAAAGCAUUUGCUUUUCGAAGUUUAUAUCAUAAACAUGAAAGAAUUCACACUGGAGAGAAACCAUAUAAAUGUAAACAAUGUGGUAAGGCUUUCCAUACCUCCGGUUCUGUUCUAGCACACAAAAUAACUCACACUGGAGAGAAGACUUAUGAAUGUAAGGAGUGUGGAAGAGCCUUUGUUCAUUUCAGUUCCUUUCAUAUACAUGAAAGGACUCACACUGGAGAGAAACCUUAUGAAUGUGAGCAAUGCGGGAAGGCAUUUGCUCAGCAGAGGAGCGUUCAGUGGCACAUGAGAAUGCACACAGGAGAUAGACCUCAUAAAUGUAAGAUAUGUGGGAAAGACUUUUAUUCUCCUGGUUCACUUCAAAGACAUGAAAGAAGUCACUCUGGGGAGAAACCCUAUGAAUGUAAGCAGUGUGACAAAGCCUUAAGUUCUUCAACUUCCUUGCGAUAUCAUGAAAGGAUACACACUGGUGAGAAGCCCUUUAAAUGUAAGUACUGUGGGAAAGCCUUCAGGUCUUCCAGUUUCUUUCGAAUACAUGAAAGGACUCACACUGGAGAGAAGCCUUAUAAAUGUAAGCUUUGUGGAGAUGCAUUCCAUUGUGUCUGUUCCUUUCAUAGACAUGAAAGGAUUCACACUGGAGAGAAACCCUAUGAAUGUAAACAUUGUGGUAAAACCUUCACUUCCUCUACUUCCUUUCAAAUACAUGAUAGAAUUCACACUGGAGAGAAACCCUAUGAAUGUAAGCACUGUGGAAAAGCCUUCAGGUCUGCCAAAGGCAUUCGAAUACAUGAAAGGACUCACACAGGACAAAAGCCAUAUACACAUAAGAAAUGUGAGAAAACUUUCAGUUACCCCCACUCCUUUGGAACACAUGAAAGAAUUCACACUGGAGAGAAACCAUAUAAAUGUAAACAAUGUGGUAAGGCUUUCCAUACCUCCGGUUCUGUUCUAGCACACAAAAUAACUCACACUGGAGAGAAGACUUAUGAAUGUAAGGAGUGUGGAAGAGCCUUUGUUCAUUUCAGUUCCUUUCAUAUACAUGAAAGGACUCACACUGGAGAGAAACCUUAUGAAUGUGAGCAAUGCGGGAAGGCAUUUGCUCAGCAGAGGAGCGUUCAGUGGCACAUGAGAAUGCACACAGGAGAUAGACCUCAUAAAUGUAAGAUAUGUGGGAAAGACUUUUAUUCUCCUGGUUCACUUCAAAGACAUGAAAGAAGUCACUCUGGGGAGAAACCCUAUGAAUGUAAGCAGUGUGACAAAGCCUUAAGUUCUUCAACUUCCUUGCGAUAUCAUGAAAGGAUACACACUGGUGAGAAGCCCUUUAAAUGUAAGUACUGUGGGAAAGCCUUCAGGUCUUCCAGUUUCUUUCGAAUACAUGAAAGGACUCACACUGGAGAGAAGCCUUAUAAAUGUAAGCUUUGUGGAGAUGCAUUCCAUUGUGUCUGUUCCUUUCAUAGACAUGAAAGGAUUCACACUGGAGAGAAACCCUAUGAAUGUAAACAUUGUGGUAAAACCUUCACUUCCUCUACUUCCUUUCAAAUACAUGAUAGAAUUCACACUGGAGAGAAACCCUAUGAAUGUAAGCACUGUGGAAAAGCCUUCAGGUCUGCCAAAGGCAUUCGAAUACAUGAAAGGACUCACACAGGUGAGGAGCCCUAUGAAUGUAAGCAAUGUGGGAAAGCCUUCCAUUAUGACAGUUCCUUUCUUUAUCAUAAAAGGACUCACACUAGUGAGAAACAUUGUGAAUGCAAGCAAUGUGGUAAAUUCAUCAGUUCCACUUCCUUUCAAAUACAUAAAAGAAUUCACACAGAAGGGAAAUCCUAUGAAUGUAAACAAUGUGGGAAAAUACUCCAUUCCCUUAGGUCAUUUCACAGACAUGAAAGGACUCACACAGAAGAGAAACCCUAUAAAUGUAAACAAUGUGGUAAUGCCUUCAGGUCUGCCAAGUCCCUUCAAAUACAUGAAAAAAUUCACACCGGACAAAACCUUAUGAAUGUAAGAAAUGUGGGAAGGCCUUUCACCCUAGUUCCUGUCAAAGACAUGAAAGAACUCAUACAACUAGUAUAUAAUUAA